AUGGCGCCGACAACCAAGAAGGCGUCUCCUACGCUGAAGCAGCUUGAGGCGAAGCUGAGGUCGUCCGAUGAGUUGUUUCAUGCGGUGUACGCGUUCGCCAGCGAGAUGAACAACACGACCACGUUGAGUCAAGUGAAAGUUCGCUUGGAAAAGCUUGACGGACUUUGGGAGAAAGUCAACGAUACCAUUCUGGACAUCGAGAUGCACGAGGACUACGCCGGCACGGACGACGCGUACAGCAAGAUGAGGAAGGACUGCCUACAGUGUUACUACGACACCAAGACGCUGUUGGUGGACAAAGUCAAGGAGUUGGAAACCUACCCAGAGUUGAACACGACCCAACGCGAUCUCAACGUGACGCAGCAUCCAAUCCACGACCACGUGCGACUCCCACAAAUCCAGCUGCAGAAAUUUGACGGCAAGCUGGACGAAUGGUUGAGUUUCCGGGACUUGUACACGUCGUUGAUCCACUGGAAGAAGGAUCUUCCGGACAUUGAGAAGUUCCAGUACCUCAAGGGAUGCCUGCUGGGCAAGCCGCGAACAAUGGUCGACGGUCUCUACAUGAGCGCCAAGAAUUACCAGGUCGCGUGGGACAUCCUGACGAAGUACUACAACGACAACAACCUGCUGAAGCGAAGUCAGGUUGAAACGCUGUUCAAUCUUCCGACAUUGACCGAGGAGUCGGUAACUGAUAUUCAAGAACUUCUGGAGGGUUUCGAACGGGCCGUUCGGACGCUCGAUCAGUUUGUGAGUCCGGAAGACUACAAGGACCUGUUGUUGCUGCACCUUCUCUCUUCGAGACUUGAUCCUGUCACAAAGCGAAGCUGGGAAGAAGUCACAGCGGCAAAGGCGAACAAGGAGAACAAGGAAUCCAACGAGCCCAAGGAGAAAGAAACGGUCAAGGACUUGACUGAUUUCCUGUACACCCGGAUUAGAGUUCUUAGUUCGCUAAAAACUAUGACUGCAGGAACCAAGGCGGAUACCAAACCAUCCAAGCAGCGGAAGGCUCCCUUCACCCGGUCAAGCUACAAUGCGGUGCAGUCGCCUAGGAUCAGCUGCGUAGUCUGCUCGGAGCCCCAUCUGUUGUACAGAUGUCCGACAUUCCAAGGCAUGUCAGUUGCAGCAAGGGACAAGGUGGUGCGAACGAACUCUAUGUGCUUGAACUGCUUCCGGCGUGGACACCAAGCGACACAAUGUACCUCACGUUUUGUCUGCCAGAACUGUUCAGCCAAGCACCACACUUUGGUUUGCUUCAAACCCAAGAGAAGCGACAGACCAAAAUCAAUGUCAUCUGGACAGGACAACAACCGAGGUGGAAACAAUGGUCCAAAUGGUGGUAGUUCGUACCAAGCAGCACAGUCUUCCACGCAAACGGAAACCGUAACAUCCAACGUGGCAGCACAUCGUACUUCUACAGUUCUGCUGGCCACAGCUGUUGUCCUGGUGGAGGACGACGAAGGCGUCAAGUUUCCUGCUCGAGCACUGCUGGAUUCGGGCUCGGAAUGCAAUUUCAUGACAGAGCGGCUCUGUCAGCGGUUGAAGGUUCAACGGAAACGCUCGAAUGUCGCGGUGUAUGGCAUCGGACAAGCGAACACCAAGGUCAAGCACAAAAUCCAAGCUACAAUCAAGUCGCGAGUGACAGGGUUCUCGCGCAGGAUGGAAUUUCUCCUACUACCCAAGGUAACGGCCAAUCUCCCGACAUCGGAUGUCAGUGUGGCCGGCUGGGAAUUUCCUCCGGAUGUGGAAUUAGCCGAUCCCGCAUUCUUCAACUCCAAGACGGUGGACAUCGUGCUUGGAAUCCACCACUUCUUUGCUUUCUUCAAUUCCGGGAAGGAGCUGGAACUCGGAGUCGGUCUACCUACACUGACCGAAACGGUAUUUGGAUGGAUUGUGACCGGAAACGUGGAGAACCAAGACUCCAAUUCGGUUACCCAAUGCAACGUAGCAGUUUCGUCAACCCUAGAGGAGCUGCUCACUCGGUUCUGGGCUUGCGAGGAGGUCGCAACGCCGCACAACUAUUCCCCGGCAGAAACGCGAUGCGAGGAGCUGUAUUCGCGUACCGUCAAGAGAGGUCCUGACGGAAGGUACACGGUCUCAUACCCCAAGGACGAAGACGCACUGGCACGGAUGGGCGAGUCACGGGACAUCGCAUUCCGACGUCUUCAAGGGCUGGAACGCAGAUUGGAGAAGGAUCCUGAUCUGCGCCGGCAAUACAACCAAUUCAUGGAGGAAUACCUGGAACUAGGACACAUGCGCGAGGCUACCGACCUCGGAGAGGUCAAGCGUGUGUUCCUACCACAUCACCCGGUGGUGAGGGAAUCGAGUACUACGACCAAGGUGCGAGUGGUAUUCGAUGCGUCUUGUGCGAGCUCAACGGGAGUGUCGCUCAACGAUGCCCUACUGGUGGGACCGUCGAUUCAGGACGAUCUACGGUCAAUAAUCCUACGGAGUCGGACAAAGCAGUUCAUGCUCGUGUCUGACAUGGAGAAAAUGUUCCGACAAGUUCUAGUCACCGAGGAAGACAUGAAGCUCCAAAGCAUCAUGUGGCGGGAUGACCCCAACAAGGUGGUCAAAGUCUACGAACUUGCGACGGUCACGUAUGGUACCAAGCCAGCACCUUUCCUGGCAACCCGGACGCUCAAGCAACUCGCUAUGGAUGAGCAAAGCCGUUUCCCGAUGGCAGCCAAGGUCGCGCUCGAAGACGUCUACAUGGACGACGUUUUGACCGGCGCGGACGACGAGGAUCAAGCGGUGGAACUACGAACCCAACUGGACGCUCUGCUGAAGAGCGGCGGUUUUCGGCUUAGGAAGUGGGCAUCCAACAGCCCUCUGGUACUGCAGGGCAUACCAGACGAGAACCUAGCACUGUCAAGGACUGGCGAUGUGCUCCUGGACCCAGAUCCAUCUGUACGGACUCUGGGAUUGGUUUGGCGACCAACCACCGACGUUCUAAAGUUCCAGUUUGAUCACCCAAUCCCAAACCCAAACCAGCCGUGGACACGGCGGAGGAUAAUGUCAACGAUUGCAACCCUGUUUGAUCCGAUCGGUUUCGUUGGUCCAGUUAUCGCAGCAGCUAAAAUCCUGAUGCAGAAGCUGCGGACGCUGGAGGACACGAACGGCAAGAAGCUGGACUGGGAUGACGAGCUUCCACCCGCAAUCGUUCAGAAAUGGCUGAAGUUCUAUGAACAAAUUCCGGUAUUAAACGACCUGACAUUCCCAAGAUGUGUGAUCAUUCCCAAGGCGGUCAACAUCGAGAUCCAUACAUUUUGCGACGCUUCCCAGGAUGCAUACGGAGCUUGCUCGUAUGUGAGAAGCGUAAACCAGGAUGGAGAAGUACGCGUGGCGCUGCUUAGCUCCAAAUCCAAGGUUGCUCCACUCAAAUGCCAAUCGAUCUGCGGAGCGGAGCUGGCUGCUCUUCUGAGUGAGCAGAUCUUCAAGGCAACCAAACUGGACGUCAAGUACUACUAUUGGACGGAUUCUACCUGUGUACUGCAGUGGUUACGGCACGUACCUACGACGUGGAACACCUUCGUCGCCAACAGGUUGGCGAAAAUCCAAGCGCUGACGGAGCGCGGGGGAUGGAACCACGUGCCGGGAGUCCAGAAUCCUGCGGACCUCAUUUCCCGAGGUGUCGCACCGGCGGAUAUCGCAGAUCUACUGCUGUGGUGGGAAGGCCCCCCAUGGCUCAAGCUAUCUCCUGAACACUGGCCGUCUCAACCGGUGCUGGAUCGUGACGAGGAAGCAGACCAAGAAAGACGUCACGUAGCAGCGAACCUAGCUGGCGGACAGCAGAUAGAUUUCCCGAGUUUCAUCAUCAGCAAGUUUUCCAACUACUGGAGCCUGAUUCGAAGCGUAGCGUACUGGUCGAGGCUGAUGAAGAUCCUGCGGCACGAAGAAGGCGUAGAUCAGCGAGGUCUUCCAACAGCACGGGAGCUGAAGGAAGCGGAACACACCAUGAUUCGUCUCGUGCAGAAGGAAGAAUUCAAGGCGGAAUGGCAAGCGCUGUCCAACGGCGAAUCUGUAGGAAGGAACUCACCGCUGCGGUGGUUCAACCCGAAGUUAGCGGACGACAACUUGAUCCGAGUCGGUGGACGUUUGGGUCACUCGCAAGAAACCGACAGCACGAAACACGAUAGUUUUACCCGCUCGGCACCCGCUGACCAAGAUGCUGUUCGAGGACUACCACGAACGUUUACUUCACGCGGGACCGCAGCUGAUGCUCGCGACAGUUCGACUCAAGUACUGGCCGCUUGGAGGUCGAAGCGUAGCACGCCAGAUCGUGCACAACUGCCAGCGUUGCUUCCGGACAACCCCGAUCCAACCCCCACUGAGCUAUCGUCGACCGGUAAGGACCAACCCAACAGAAAUUUUUGA